AUGAGGGCCUGCUUUCGGCCGAAAGCAGGUUCAGAUAUUAGUGGUUGUCAAGUGGGGCUUCUGUGGUAUAAGGACUCAGGGCAGCAUUUUAAUGGAGAGUUUUCAAUGGCGGUAGUUCAAGCUAAUAAUUUAAUCGAGGAUCAGAGCCAACUUGAAUCGGGUAGUUUAGACGCCCUUGGUUUUGGGCCAUAUGGCACUUUUGUGGGGAUUUAUGAUGGACAUGGUGGCCCUGAGGCUUCUCGAUUUGUCAAUGAUAACCUCUUCCAACAUCUUAGAAGGUUCACCUCCGAGCAUAAGACUAUGUCAACGGAGGUAAUUCGGAAGGCAUUUCAAGCAACAGAAGAUGGUUUUUUUUCAGUUGUCAGCGAACAGUGGCCAACUAAACCACAGAUAGCAUCAGUUGGCACAUGCUGCCUUGUAGGAGUUAUCUGCAACUUAACUCUCUAUGUUGCCAACCUUGGCGAUUCCCGAGCUGUUAUGGGUAGACUUGUCAAGGCAACAGGGGAAGUACUGGCCAUUCAACUGUCUACUGAACACAAUGCUAGUAUUGAGUCUGUGAGACAGGAGCUGCAAUCUCUUCACCCAGAUGACUCACAAAUAGUAGUUCUAAAGCAUAAUGUGUGGCGUGUUAAGGGCAUUAUACAGAUAUCCAGAUCAAUUGGUGAUGUGUAUUUGAAGAAGGCUGAAUUCAAUAGGGAGCCAUUACAAGCUAAGUUUCGACUUCGUGGAUCUUUCAAAAGACCAAUUUUGAGUUCAGAGCCAUCAAUUUCUGUGCACCAAUUGCUACCUCAAGAUCAAUUCAUUAUAUUUGCGUCAGAUGGCCUGUGGGAACACCUCACCAACCAAGAAGCUGUUGAUCUAGUCCAAAAUCAUCCACGCAGCGGGAGUGCUAGGAGACUAGUGAAAGCAGCGUUGCAAGCUGCCGCGAAGAAGAGGGAAAUGAGGUACUCCGACUUGAAGAAAAUUGAGCGUGGAGUCCGUCGGCAUUUCCAUGAUGACAUCACUGUUGUUGUCGUGUUUCUCGACUCACAUCUUGUGAGCAACGCCAGCGCAACCAGGAGUCCUAAUAUAUCCGUGAAAGGAGGCGGCGCCAUCAAUCUACCUCCAAAUUUGUUUGUUCCUUCAGCUGGAGCUACUUGA